AUGUCUCCAGACAGAGCGAAGUUGCCAGUGUCGCUGCCGAUUGGACUAAAAGAAACGACUUUAUUUGGCCGACUACUUGCACAAGUACUGUUUGAAUACGCUUAUAUACAAGGCAUUCAGAUAAUCGUCUGGCGAAGUGGUGUCAAAUGGUGUUACAUAAGCCGCAUCCAUGGAUUUGAACCAGAGCUCAUAUUUCGACAAUGA